UAAUAGUAAUAUUUCACAUAUAGAGAAAGAAAAGAGAAAGUCAUGGGUGAAGGAAAAGAAGAGUGGAAGAAAAUGGAUCCAGAAAAAGCACAAGCCGAAGCCUCAAAGAGACCCCCAGGCCAUGGAGCCACCGAAGUACUUCAUCAGAGAAAAUCACUUCCUUACAACUUCACUACCAUGACCAUAGCAGGUUUGCUUAUUACUGCUGCAGUGGGAUACACAGUCUUAUACUCCAAGAAGAAGCCUGAGGCUAGUGCUAAGGAUGUUGCCAAGGUUUCUGUUGGAGUUGCAAACCCUGAAGACACUCACCCUAAGAAAUAGUGACAUUAUUAUAUAAUAUACUAUAUAUAUACCACUUUUCUUUAACUUUCAAUUUUAGUUCAAAGGUGUCAAUGACUACUCUUUGUUGUUUCUUCAUUUCAUGUCGUUGUGUGUGUGUCUGUGUUUAACUGGUCAUGCAAUUUCGUGAUGCAAUAUGAAUAAUGCAUUGUUCUUCUUCA